AUGACUGUCGGACACGACCUUGCCCAUAGGGGCUCAUCAAGCCAGCCGGUAGCCAACAUGCUGGCUCUCGAAGACAGGUUCGAGGUUCUGAAGGAGAUCGGUGACGGAAGCUUUGGUAGCGUCGUCCUGGCGCGGGUACGGAGUGCCGGCGCCAGCGUAGCUCGGAGAGGCACCGUGGUUGCCAUCAAGACGAUGAAGAAGACGUUUGAGUCCUUCACUCCGUGCCUGGAGCUCCGAGAAGUCGUCUUCCUCAGAACUCUCCCAGCACACAGCCACUUGGUUCCGGCGCUGGAUAUUUUCCUGGAUCCCUUCAGCAAGAAGCUUCACAUCGCAAUGGAGUACAUGGAGGGGAACCUGUACCAGUUGAUGAAGGCGAGGGACCACAAGUGCUUGGACAAUGCCAGCGUUAAGAGCAUUCUGUUCCAGAUCAUGCAAGGCCUCGAGCACAUCCAUGCUCACAACUUCUUCCACCGCGACAUCAAACCCGAAAACAUUCUUGUCACUACCUCUGGCCACCAGGAUUCAUCCAACUCAUUCCGGCGAUACUCGUCAUUAGUCACACCCCCGUCGACACCGCCCACCUACACGGUCAAGAUUGCCGAUUUUGGUCUUGCUCGAGAGACCCAUUCAAAACUACCAUACACGACAUAUGUGUCCACGCGCUGGUAUCGUGCGCCUGAAGUAUUGCUCCGGGCCGGCGAGUACUCGGCUCCUGUCGAUAUCUGGGCUGUUGGCGCCAUGGCCGUCGAGAUUGCCACACUGAAGCCUCUGUUCCCUGGCGGGAAUGAGGUUGACCAAGUCUGGAGGGUUUGUGAGAUCAUGGGCAGUCCCGGAAACUGGUACAACAAGGCAGGGUUCCGGGUUGGUGGAGGCGACUGGAGGGAAGGCACCCGACUCGCUGGGAAACUGGGAUUCUCUUUCCCCAAGAUGGCACCUCACUCGAUGGACACCAUCCUGCAAUCGCCGCAGUGGCCGGCAUCGCUGAGCAACUUUGUCACUUGGUGCCUGAUGUGGGAUCCGAAAAACAGGCCUACGUCCAGCCAGUCAUUGGCCCACGAGUACUUCAAUGAUGCCGUGGAUCCCCUGCGUCCCAAAUCGUCUGCCUCGAGGAUCCUGGGACGCAAGCAAUCAGAUCUCAACAAGAGUAAAGAUUCAGCCUCAACGACCCCCACUUCAUCCAAGCCAUCCUGGUUCAGGAAGUCUCUCAUCGGUCGUACCGAGAGCGCAGAGGUUGCUGCCGUGGCCCAGAUCGUCAAGGACACGCCGCCACCGCGUCCAUCACCCGUUCACGCAGCUACGGAAGUACCGGCGCCGAAGGCUAAGCCGGCUGCGAGCAAGCGAACGACAUGGUCUAACGGACCGUCGAACGUUGCGCCCAUGCCGAUUCUGCCCACAAUCCGGCCAAUCUCACCGCUGUCGGACGCUGUUACGGCGCAGGCGAGCAACCGGGCGCCCUCUUACAACGAUUCCUACGCCAACGGCGUCCAGCGGGUGGAUGACAAGGCGUCGAAGAAGAUUGGGCGCCAACUCUCCGUGGCUUCGAGCACGAACCACUACGCCGAGAUCCAUCGGCAACAAGCGGAGCGUGCACUCAAUGGCAACAGCGGGCUUGCGUCUCCACCGAGCAGCCACAAGGAAAGCUUCUUCUCCCAUCUCAGGAAGCGGGCGCGGCGGUUUUCCGGACGUCAUCAGACGCCCAUCACCCCUGCUUACGAUGAUGUAGAGGCCCAGGCUGGCUGCGGGCCGUGGGCAAGCAACCGUUCCUCCAUGGUCCUUGACCAGCCUCCGGCACCUGUGGCCAAGGAUGGCUACGAGUCGCUGGACAAGGCUCUCAGCCAAGUGCAGGAAGACGUCGAGCCCAUCAACCCUCCAGCGGUUCCUGCUCACCACUUCACGACCAAUAGCGGCCUCAAGAGACACCAUUCCCUGCCUCACCACCAGCCUCGAUCUGUGGAUAACCUUCUCGGUGCGGCUCGCGCCGCGGGACCAGUUUCCAGCAGGACUCGUCGUGCCCAGGCCGCACAGGGUGUCCAUCAGUACGAUGCCCCGGAUGAGGAGGACGAGCUGCUCGACGAGGUUCUCAACUCGACGCACCGCGCAAUGAAGAGGUUGGAGAAUGACGGCAAGCCCGCUCUGCGACAGACGGUCAGCAAUGCCGCCAUCUCGAACCCUUACCCCACGCCAUCGCCAUCUGCAAGCGGCAACGCCGUGCUUUUCGGAGACAGCAAGGAGGCUGUCACGCCCAAGCCAUUGAACCUUGAGAAGAAGACGUCACAGUAUAAGUGGCCCACUCCCCCAUACGAGGACAGCGAGUGGGCUGCUUCAGCAUCAGCAAGCAUUUGGGCAGCAAGCAAUCGAUUUUGA